AUGGCGUCUAUUCAAGGAGGAGCAGGCGGUGGCCGAGCACCGCGCGUCCCGGAGCAGCCGGUGGACGUGGUGGUCCGAAAGCACGAACCGGUGAAGCUGAGGUGCGGCGCCGACGGCGUUCCUCCUCCGCGAAUCGCGUGGUUUAACGAUGGCAGACCAGCGCACAACACGACCACGCACAUGGUUCUGCCCGAGGGACAGCUCUUCUACUUGCAAGUGCAGCACAGUCGCCGGGAACAGGACACCAGAGUCUACUGGUGCACGGCCACCAGCGCAGUGCUUCGCAACGAGUUCCGCCAGCUUCCAAAGAGCAUCCACGUUGCGGGUGGGGAGUCGGCGACGCUGGAGUGCGUUCCUCCCAGGGGCCACCCCGAGCCCACAGUCACCUGGUUCAAGGACGGCGUCCAGGUGCAGCCGGGCACGGGGCGCGCUCGCCUCCUGGCCAGGGCGCGCUCGUGA